UGCGGGGGCGGGAGACGCAGGCACGCAUUAAUUACACCUAAAUCUAAAGUUUGCAGCCCAAGGUACCACUUUGAUGGGGUGACUUUCUGAAGCUUCCUUACAACACGCUGGGCGUUCGCUGCUGCCGCUGUGAUCCUCAGCUCAUUUCUCUCGGCUGCAGCUUUGCGCUGUUCCGUCACCCCUAAAUCUAUCUUGUCACUACCAAAGGUGCCCGAAUCAGGGUGAAUUCCACGAGAUUCACCAGCGGUUUUGUUCCCGUCCAAGGUCGUGCAGCGGAUCCGGCGAGGGGCGCCAACAAAAGAGACGAGGAGGUGCCACCCGGGCGUCGGCAGGAAGAGGAGCGGGAGGAGGAGCGCGGAGCCGAGCGUCCCGACCCGCCGUGCGUACUUUGUGGAGGGAAGGGGCGGGGGGAUCGGCCCGGGGAGGGGGACGCCCGGUGGCUAGGGGGUUAGCCAAGUUCCGGCCGCGGCGUCCCUCCUCCGCUCCCACGAGAGGAAAGUUUUCUCCAGACGCUUCCGGCCGGCUCGCGCCCUCCGGGCCCAGCCUCCCGAGCGUUGGGAGCGGGCGCCGUCCCAGCCCUGCUCCGGGGAAACGCGAGCCGCGAUGCCUGGGGGGUGCUCCCGGGGCCCCGCCGCCGGAGACGGGCGGCUGCGGCUGGCGCGGCUGGCGCUGAUCCUCCUGGGCUGGGUCUCCUCGUCCUCUCCCACCUCCUCGGCGUCCUCCUCCUCCACCUCCUCGGCGUCGUUCCUGGCCUCCGCCGUGUCCGCCCAGCCCCCGCUGCCCAGCCAGUGCCCCCAGCCGUGCGAGUGCUCCGAGGCGGCGCGCACCGUCAAGUGCGUUAACCGCAAUCUGACCGAGGUGCCCACGGACCUGCCCCCCUACGUGCGCAACCUCUUCCUCACCGGCAACCACCUGGCCGUGCUUCCCGCCGGCGCCUUCGCCCGCCGGCCGCCGCUGGCCGAGCUGGCCGCGCUCAACCUCAGCGGCAGCCGCCUGGAGGAGGUGCGCGCCGGCGCCUUCGAGCAUCUGCCCAGCCUGCGCCAGCUCGACCUCAGCCACAACCCCCUGGACACCCUCAGCCCCUUCGCCUUUUCGGGCAGCAACGCCAGCGCCUCAGCCCCUAGCACCCUGGAGGAACUGAUCCUGAACCACAUCGUGCCUCCUGAGGACGAACGGAACAACCAGAGCUUCUUCGAACGGCACAACCAGAGCUUCGAGGGCAUGGUGGCCGCGGCCCUGCGGCCGGGUCAGGCACUGCGAGGGCUCCGCCGCCUGGAGCUGGCCAGCAACCACUUCCUCUACCUGCCCCGGAAUGUGCUGGCCCAACUGCCCAGCCUCAGGCACCUGGACUUGAGUAACAACUCGCUGGUGAGCCUGACCUACGUGUCCUUUCGCAACCUGACACAUCUAGAAAGCCUCCACCUGGAGGACAAUGCCCUCAAGGUCCUUCACAACGGCACGCUGCAUGAAUUGCAAGGCCUGCCCCACGUCAGGGUCUUCCUGGACAACAAUCCCUGGGUCUGCGACUGCCUCAUGGCGGACAUGGUGGCCUGGCUCAAGGACACAGAGAUAGUGCAGGGCAAAGCCAGGCUCACCUGUGCAUUCCCGGAAAAAAUGAGGAAUCGGGUCCUCUUGCAACUCAACAGCGCUGACCUGGACUGUGACCCGAUCCUUCCCCAAUCCCUGCAGACUUCUUAUGUCUUCCUGGGUAUUGUCUUAGCCCUGAUAGGCGCUAUUUUCCUCCUGGUUUUGUAUUUGAACCGCAAGGGGAUAAAAAAGUGGAUGCAUAACAUCAGAGAUGCCUGCAGGGAUCACAUGGAAGGGUAUCAUUACAGAUACGAAAUCAAUGCAGACCCCAGGUUAACAAACCUCAGUUCUAAUUCGGAUGUCUGAGAAACAUUAGAGGACAGAACAAGGACAACUCUGCAUGAGGUGUAGACUUAAGCUUUAUCCCUUACUAGGCUUGCUCCACUUUCACCCUCCACUCUAGACACCACUGACUUUGACUGAAAGCAGUGGGGGGGAUUUGCUUCCUUGUUAUGUAAAGUUUCUUGGUGUGUUCUGUUAAUGUAAGACGAUGAACAACUGUUGAGAGGGCAUAGUGUUCACUGUUCGCUCUGUUCAGAGGGCAUGGUGUCAUACCCUCUUCCUUUCCUUGGAGCUCCUCAACACGUGUGGAGGGAUUUUUCAAGUUUCAGCAUGGACGUGGACUCCCUGCUGUCUGUCUCUGUCUUAGCACAGUUCCAGGUGUAGCAAGUGUGCCCACACAGAUAGCAUUCAACAAAAGCUGCCUCAACUUUUUUGAGAAAAAUACUUUAUUCAUAAAUACCAGUUUUAUUCUCAUGUACCUAAUUUGUGGAGAAAAUAAUUGCAUCCCGUAAACUGCCUGCAGACCAUAGCAAGCUCUUCAAAAUAACUCCGUAGUACACAGGAGCACCUGCAUCCAAGAGCAUGCUUACAUUUUACUGUUCUGCAUAUUACAAAAAGUAACUUGCAACUUCAGAUAACUUCUUUGACAAAACAAAUUACCUUUUUGAUUGCAGUUUAUAUGAAACUGUACUGAAGUUUUUUUAUAAACUGCAUCAAGAUCCAACAAACUGAAUUGUUAAGAAAAAUCAAUAAAGAUUCUUAAAAGAA